AUGGUCGCACGCCGAGCCGCGCGGUCGACCGAGCCGGCGCCCGCGGCCGCCCCACGCCCAGCUCGACCCGCGCGACGCGCCCAAGCCACCGCGAUCAUCGAGGUCUCGUCGAGCUCCGAUGAAGAUGGCGACGAUGACAUGGAAGAGGCAGCAAGCGAAGAGGCAGCAAGCGAAGACGACAAGCCGCUGUCGCCACCUCGCCGUGGCCGGGCCGCGCGCAAGCCGGCUCCCAUCUCGCACCUUGAGAUGAUGCCGUCGCCAGCCGACGACGAGAGCGAGGACGACAAGCCGAUAUCGCCGCCUCGCCGUGGCCGCGCAGCCCGCAAACCCACGCCCGUCGUGGACGUCAAGAUCAAGCCGCCAGCCGACGACAAGAGCGAAGACGACAAGCCGAUCUCGCCGCCUCGUCGCGGGCGCGCCGCUCGGAAGCGCGAGCCGGUGUCGGACCUCGAGAUCAAGCCGACGCCCGCCAAGAAGCGGCGUGUUGCAGCCACGAAGAAGACGAUCGUCGAGUCGGACGGGUCGGACAUGGACGACGUGUCGUGGGCCAACGCGCCCAAGCUGCCGGCCAAGGGCAAGGGAAAGAAGAAGGUCGUCGUUGCACGCAAGGUGCGCACGCUCAAGGAGAGCAGCGACAGCGACUUCAACGCGUCGUCGGACGCCAGCAGUGACGCUAUCCCGGCCGCACCCCCCAUCGACUCGGACGACGACAAGCCAAUUCGGCCGGCGGGGUCGCCCCUCAAGGUCAAGGCGGCCGCGAAGGCGUCACCUGCCGCCAAACCCGCAGCCCCCCGACGCCGUCCAGCGCCAAAGAAGAAGGAAGCAAAGGCGUCGUCCACAGACCCCGACGACGCUGCACGUCCCGAAAACGCCGAAGCCGCCCCCGCCGACCCCGUGUACCCGAUCUACAAGGCGUGCUACGCCACAAGCGGCCGCGCGCGCUGCAAGACGUGCGAGAAGACGCUCGAGAAGGACGAGCUCGUGAUCUCGGUGACGCUCGAGCACUCGCGGUUUGGCAUCAACAGCUACUACAAGCACGUGGCCUGCUCGUUGCUCGGCGACGGGAUCCCGCUCGUCGGACUCGCCGCGCUCUCCAAGAACGACGAGGCCAAGAUGGUGGCGCUCAUGGCCGCCAACCGCGCAGCCGGCCUCGACGACGAGCGCAUCGCGCUGCGCGAAGAAGACUUUAUCAAGCGCGAGAUCCUCCCGGGCAAGCUGCCCGUGGCGACGCUCACCGCCAGCUUGCUGCCAUACCAGCAAGAAGGCCUUGCGUGGAUGGUCAACCAAGAGGCCAGCGCAUACCGCGGCGGCAUCUUGGCCGACGAGAUGGGCAUGGGCAAGACGGUCCAAGCCAUCGCGUGCAUGCUCGAGCAAAUCCGGCUGGAGAAGAAUGACCCGAUGUUGCAAGCCAACGGUCUCUUGCCGGGCGGUACGCUCAUUGUGUGCCCCGUCGUGGCGUGCAUGCAGUGGCGAUCCGAAAUCGAGCGCUUUGUGGCCAAGGACACGCUGCGUGUGCUCAUCCACCACGGCCCAAAGCGGGCCAAGCUCGCGGCCGAGCUCGCCAUGUACGACGUGGUCUUGACGACCUUUUCGAUCGUCGAAAGUGAAGGACGCAAGAUUCUGGGGGCGGAUAAGGAGCCGUGUGCGUACUGCGGCAAGCUCUUUCUGCCCGAGAAGCUCGUGCUGCACAACAAGUACAUUUGCGGCCCGAACGCGCGCAAGACGUCCAAGCAAGCCAAGCAGCAGCGCGGCAAAGCAGCGAAGGACAAAGCCAAGUCGUUUAAAGACGCGAAAAACGACGAUGACGACGUCGACGACGACGACGAUGACGAUGACGCGUCGUCCGAAGACGAGGCGCCGAAGAAGACACCAGUGAAAAAAGUUGCGGCCAAGAAACCGGUCAAGCAAGGGUCGUCGCCGCUGCACGAGGUUGCGUGGGCCCGCAUCAUCCUCGACGAGGCCCACUACAUCAAAGAUCGUCGAUGCAGCACGGCGCGGUCCGUGUUCAAGCUCACGUCCAAGUUCAAGUGGUGUCUCACAGGCACGCCGCUCCAGAACCGCAUUGGCGAGCUCUUUUCGCUGAUUCGGUUCCUGCAAGUGCACCCGUUUGCCUACUACCACUGCGCGCAGUGCGCGUGCGAGCAGAUUGAUUUCCAGAUGAAGGGCGGGCACUGCAGCCUGUGCAGCCACUCGUCGAUGCAGCACUACUCGUCGUUCAACAAGAAGAUCCUCAACCCGAUCCAAGCCUACGGGUAUGUGGCCGAAGGCAAAGUGGCGAUGCUGCGACUUCAGAACGAUCUCUUGCGCCAUGUGUUGCUGCGCCGGACCAAGCAGAGCCGCGCCGACGACAUUAGUUUGCCGCCCAAGCUCAUUGUCGUGCGCCGGGACGCUAUGGACGAGCGUGAGAAAGACUUUUACGAGAGCAUUUAUACGCAGAGCAAGGCGCAGUUCAACACGUACGUCUCGGCCGGCACGCUGCUCAACAACUAUGCGCACAUUUUCGACCUCUUGAUUCGGUUGCGGCAAGCGGUCGACCACCCGUACCUCGUCAUUUACUCCAAGAUCAACCCGGCGCUGCAGCUGCCAACGCCGGAGCAGCCGGUGAAGAAGGAUCUGCCGCUCUCGGUCGACGUGAACGACGACGACGAUGAUGCUGCGGCCGCGCCGAGCUGCGAGUUUUGCCACGAAGAGGCCGAGGACCCGGUGCGCGCGGCCUGCACGCACACGUUUUGCAAGUCGUGCGUUGAAGAGUACAUGGCGUCGCUGCUCAUGAACGCGAAGGCGCUCUGCCCGACGUGCGAAGAGCCGCUGACGGUCGACCUCGCGCCGCCCGAGGUGCCACUGGAAGAGUUGAUUGACGUGGCGUCGCCGCGCAGCGUGGACGUCUCGCUCAAGAAGUCGCGCGGGAAGGCGAGUUUGCUCUCGAAGCUGCCGCAGCUGAGCGACUUUCAGAGCAGCACCAAGAUCGAGGCGCUCAUGGAGGAGAUCCACCGCAUGCAAGAGUCGGACCCGUCGGCCAAGGGGAUUGUGUUUUCCCAGUUUGUCAACAUGCUCGACCUGAUCGAACACCGCCUCGAGCUGGCGGGCAUUCGCUGCGUCAAGCUCUCGGGCAGCAUGCCCAUGGCCCUGCGCGACAAGCUGCUCUCGCUCUUUCGAGACGACCCGAAGCUCACGAUCUUCCUCAUCAGUCUCAAGGCCGGUGGCGUCGCGCUCAACCUCACGGUCGCGUCCCACAUCUUUCUCAUGGAUCCGUGGUGGAACCCGGCAGCCGAGCACCAAGCGAUCGACCGCACGCACCGUCUCGGGCAGUUUAAGCCCAUUCGCGCGACACGGUUCAUUGUCGCCAACACGAUUGAGGACCGCAUCUUGAAGCUGCAGGAGAAAAAGCAGCUGGUGUUUGAAGGCACCGUUGGCUCGAGCACGGCUGCGCUCGGGCGUCUCACGGUCGAAGACCUCCGCUUCCUCUUCCAUUAGUUAAAGGUUUCAUGCGUAAUGGAUGGAUUGUUUGCAUGCUCGG